CCGAGAAAAAAAAACCCUAGAAAAAUUUCAGAAAGUAAAAAAGACAUCUUUUCCGUGCCCUAAUUGUUUCCACUGCAUUUUGGGGGAGUGAGAGUGAGUUUAGGGUUGUUGCAAAAGAAUUGAUUUCUGUGGCGAUUCUGCUUCUAAAUUCUAUUUUCUUGUUAAAAAGGAUGGAUUCGGAAGCGCAAAAAUCUUCGUUGAACCCUACGGCAAUGCUUGCUUCUCUCCUCGGUAGGCGAGCCAAGCUCCAAGACGAGCUUCGAAAUAUCGAGAGACAGGUGUAUGAGAUGGAGACUAGUUAUUUGCAGGACCCUAGCCAAUGUGGAAAUGUAUUAAAAGGCUUUGAUGGAUUUCUGUCGUCUUCCAAGAGCACUGCUCUCUUGAAGCGGUCCAGGAAGUUUCAGCCUGAGGACAGGCUCUUCUCAUUGUCUUCAGUCACAUCACCAGCAGCUGAAGAACUUGCAGCAGGACGAGAUGAUGGGAGAUCGGACUUUGGUUCGGGCCGUCCUAAGGGUGGCGGGAUAUAUGCUAAUGGACAAGGAAAGCCAAAGAAGGGAAGGCCGACACCUAGAGAUACAAAGCGAAUCAGGCCUAGCGAACAAGAUUACGACUAUGAUGAUGAUCCUGAAUUGACAUUGUAAAUGGAGAUUGAAGAGUGGCUGAUAAAUGAUAACAACACUCUCCACACAAGCUUUGCCCAAGUCAGAAGCCUCAAAAGAUUGGAUUUCGGUUUCUGAAAUCAUGGGUGGAGCAAGAAACAUCUCUCAGGGAGAGAGCAAAGUCCACUUUUCACUCUUGUAGCUAAUUUUAUUUGAGGCCGCAAAGUAUUAGUAUGAUCCCUGAUAAUUUAAAGCGGCUGUUUCUAAUGUACAAAAUAGCGUUUUCUAACCAAGCUUUUGAUUGGCAUAUGCUAGCGGACAAGCAUUGGCUCAGGCAUUGUUAAUUUUUAGUCAUCAAAGACUGAAAUUUCUUUGUGGACUUCUUGAGGAACUGUAGUUAUACAAGAUAGUAAAUAGUAAAGAUUAUUUUCCAUUCGACAAGAAAGAAUCAAAUAGGGAGGCCAAGAAAUGAUGUUGCAAUUGGACUUAUAGCGGAUAUGUCCCGAAAAGGUUAACCGAUGAAAAGUUGGCCUUUGACAUCUAUAUUAGUCGAAGAUGAUGAACAGUUUAACUGACAGCCAGAUAUUGCAGCAAAAAAACUGAUGGCCACAGAAAUCAAGCCUCACCUCUACGCAUCCAAGAGCAUGAAGGAGCAAAAACACACGGGCAGAAUUAUUAUUUUUUUCCAAUAUAUAUAUAUAUAUAUUUGGAAAAACUUAAACGUUCUUGGAGCCUUCUGUUCUUACAGUUA